GUCCGUGUUACCACCAUGGAUGCAGAGCUGGAGUUUGCCAUCCAGCCUAGCACGACGGGCAAGCAGCUCUUUGACCAGGUGGUGAAGACCGUGGGUCUGCGGGAGGUGUGGUUCUUUGGUCUGCAGUAUAUUGACAGCAAAGGCUACAUUACGUGGCUCAAGCUCAACAAAAAGGUGACUCAGCAGGAUGUGAAAAAGGAGAACCCCCUGCAGUUCAAGUUCAGGGCAAAGUUCUUUCCAGAGGACGUCUCGGAGGAACUCAUCCAGGAGAUCACGCAGAGGCUCUUCUUCCUACAGGUAAAGGAAGCCAUCUUGAAUGAUGAGAAUUACUGCCCCCCUGAGACCGCCGUGCUGUUGGCCUCCUAUGCCGUUCAGACCAAGUUUGGCGACCACAACCAGGAUGUGCACAAAACCGGCUACCUGGCCGCUGACCGCCUGCUGCCACAGAGGGUUCUGGAGCAACACAAGUUGACAAAGGAGCAGUGGGAAGACCGGAUACAAACAUGGCAUGAGGAACACAGGAGCAUGCUCAGGGAGGACGCCAUGUUGGAGUACCUGAAGAUCGCUCAGGACUUGGAGAUGUACGGCGUCAACUACUUUGAGAUCAAGAACAAAAAGGGCACCGAGCUGUGGCUGGGCGUCGAUGCCCUCGGGCUCAACAUCUAUGAGCAUGAAGACAAGUUGUCACCAAAGAUAGGCUUCCCAUGGAGUGAGAUCCGAAACAUCUCCUUCAACGACAAGAAGUUUGUCAUCAAGCCCAUCGACAAGAAAGCACCGGACUUUGUGUUCUAUGCGCCGCGCCUGCGCAUCAACAAGCGCAUCCUGGCACUCUGCAUGGGCAACCAUGAGCUGUACAUGCGGCGCCGGAAGCCUGACACCAUUGAGGUGCAGCAGAUGAAGGCGCAGGCCCGUGAGGAAAAACAUCACAAGCAGAUGGAGAGAGCGCAGUUGGAAUCAGAAAAGAAGAAACGCGAGCUGGCCGAAAAGGAGAAGCAACGCAUGGAGCGCGAAAAGGACGAGCUGAUGGAGCGUUUGCGCAACAUCGAGGAGCAGACGCAGCGGGCGCAGAAAGAGUUGGAGGAGCAGACGCGCAAGGCUGUGGAGCUGGAGCAGGAGAGGAUGCGGGCCAAGGAAGAGGCGCAACGUCUAGACAAGGAGCGGCAGGCCGCCGAGCAGGCCAAAGCCGCGCUCGCCCAGCAGGCCGCCGACCAGAUGAAGACGCAGGAACAGCUGGCUGCCGAAUUAGCCGAGUUCACCGCCAAAAUCUCUCUCCUGGAAGAGGCCAAGAGGAAAAAAGAGGAAGACGCCAAUGAAUGGCAGCACAAAGCCCUGUCGGCGCAGGAAGACCUGGAGAGGACGCGAGAGGAGCUGCGGGCAGCUAUGAUGUCGCCGGCCGCUGCGUCACCUCUCGAGCAGGACGAGCACGAUGAGAGCAACGGGGAGGCCAGCGCGGAGCUGCUCAGCGAUGGUGUCAGCAGCCAGCGUAGCGAAGAGAACCGGCUCACGGAGGCGCACAAGAACCAGCGUGUCAAGAAGCAGCUGCAGGCUCUAAGCUCGGAGCUAGCGGAGGCCCGCGACGACAGCAAGAACACGGCCAACGACGUCCUGCACGCCGAGAACGUGCGAGCGGGCCGCGACAAGUACAAAACACUGCGCCAGAUCCGGCAGGGCAACACCAAGCAACGCGUCGACGAGUUCGAAUCCAUGUGA